AUGUCGGCAAUUGAUCAGAACGCGUUAAGGGGCAUGAAGCCGAACAGAAUCAUACCUGUUCCUCCCGAGUUUCGCCGCUCCUGUCGUGCCAGCGAGCGAGAUUUGAUCAUCAACGACAUUCACGUCAACACUGGAUGCCGCGUUUUAGCGCAAUGGGAUCAAAGCAUCAUCUACCAAUUUGAGAUUUUCGGAACCGGCGCAGGUCUAGAAAAGGCGAUCCGAUACAUCAAUCAGUGGAUUUCAAAUGCACACACCAAGUCCAAAGAGUCCACGGCAUGGGCCAAGACGCCUGCAUUCGACGCGAACGCGUGGUAUUAUGAACAGGUUGAGGGCCUAGAGCUCCAGCGCAAACAAGUCUUCAAAGGGCCAGCCCCAGAAUCGACUGUACGCUGGCCGGAUGAGCUCAACGACCAGGAAGUCUCGCCUCGAGAUGUAUUCAACAACAAGCUCGAAGCUCUGGAUCCUAUCAGAAUGCACAACGAAGUAUACAUCGACUGCGUACGAACCAGAAGUAGUGAAUGGCAAAUCGAGAUCCAGGCUCAUGAGAUGGCGAACAUCGAAGCGGCUGAAGCGCAGCUCAAAACCAUGAUUGAAAAGGUCAAGACCGACGUAAUGGCCUUACAAAACACGGUAAAUAUGAUUCUAGACGACCAGGAGGGACUGAAAGUCAUACUCGAACGAGCUGAUCCGUGGUGGCCCAACCAAGAAGACCGGGUUGUACCUCGCCUCCUCCCUAGUGGCAUCAUGGAUUUCCCUGGCAGUUUCCGUGGGGAACUCAUGCACUUUACGGAACUAUCGAGGAUCCAGCACGCGUUCCAGUUGGCUCUCGAAGCUGUGAGGCAUAGGAAAGGCGCUUACGACCUAGUCAUCCGCCUGGGCUGUCUGGCAAUCCACUCCAAACGAAUCACUGAGAAUGACAUUGGGAAAAGAUACAAGAAAGAGGCAUUCUUGAAAUCUAUCGAUGGUUCGCUUCAGCUGAGUGUUAAGAAAUGGUUUGCCAACGACGCGUCAGGCCAUCAGAUGUUGAAGUCUCUCUGUUCGGCAACCAAGUUUCUCGAGCCCAUAAAGUCUGCUGGCUAUUUUGGUUCUAUACCCGACACCCUCGAUAAGACGCGUCCUGUAUUCCGAGGUACAUGGGUGUUUCGCGACCCAAGCAUGCCUUUCGGUCAAAAGCCGGUUACCAGUCCCGUGGUAGCACCUCCACUUAGUCUAAUCGUAGUUCAGAUUGACUGGAUUUAUGAUGAUGAUGAGAGUGUGUAUGAGAAGAAUCCGCCAAGGUUCUAUCGGCUUGAACAAGGCGCAAGAAACCCCAAGGAGCACAUGGACAUAAACCUGCUAGAACUGGGAGAGAGCCGAGGAUGGCACUUCGCGCUUGAAUCUCUGAACCCCAUAUCCCCCAAAAGUGUAUCCCCCGUCCUGGCUAGCUUUGCAAAAGGAGUGAAGAUGAGGUCUGAUUAUAGUUUUCAGCCUAAUGAGAGGUUCGCCGAUUGGGAUGCUACGCCGACCGUCAAAAGCCACCUGGCCAGCGGGCGUCUGGAUGCUAUAUACUCUUUCGGGGUCAAAGACACGUGCUACAAAGUCGAACUCACGCGCAUGUCGUACCCGCCACAAAAGCCACCAGUAUGGGGUCUUGGUGUCCGCCAUACUGAGUGGGCAACCUAUCUUGGCGAGCUGGAGCGUCUUCCAAUCGGCCGCAAGGCUGACUGGGGUCACACCAUUACGACGUUCCUACCGGAUCACGGACAGUCCUCGUACACUGCCAGCGGCGAAGAUGGCGAUUUGCAACUAAGCAACCUCACUCUUAGUCCUGAUAUCGAAUCACCACCGCGCAAAGGCAUCCGCAUCCUCAUGGAGAAGCUGCUCCAGAUCUCAGCCAUUGUCAGCUCUACCAUGGGUCCUGCAGGAAGCGUCGGCAUAUAA